GUCGUCCAUAAGGAGCACCUGAUGUUGCGGUGAAGCACAAUUUCACUACGAAGCAUCAUCAUACCUAGGCAUGAAUCCAAUAAAUAACGAAGGUAAGGAGAAAGGGAACACUUGCAAACACCUGUUUUCGAUUUCCCCAAUGGAAUCACCCCAAGCAAUCAGCAUCGCUCGUGAUAAAGCAAUGUCCGUGCAAAAAAAAAACAUUAGAUUUGCUUAUUGCACAGAUUCCUGUACACCGAUUGAUUCAUCUGAAGGCAACGGAAAAAUUCGUGAGGUUGGUCUUUUAUAAAUUCCGUUUGCUGUUUUGACGGUGACCACCCGGAUGAUAUUGUCUUCUCCUGGAUGCACUGCGACGAUUCUCGCGAGAGGCCAAGCGAUGGACGAUUUGUUAUCUUCCUGCAACAGAACCAUUUGACCAAUCCGAAGGCUAACUGUGGUUUUGAACUAGUUGUUGCAGCUGUUGAUAAUGUUUGAGACGAUUCAAAGGAAUGUUCGAAUAGUCCGGAUCUGGUAAGGCUGCGAGCGACGAUCCCGUGAGGAAAUGUCCAGGGGUUAAAACAUCUAACUCGGAAGGAUCCUCGGAGAGUGGGGUAAGCGGACGCGUAUUCAUGUUCGCUUCAAUUUGUGUCAGAACAUUUUCACGGCCGCUUCCCACAGGCCUCCAAAGCUGGGUGCUCUUGGUGGGAUAAACUUCCAGGUUAUUCCUUUCGCGCCACAUUCGUUAAAAAAGAUCUCUUGACUCGAUUUACGGUUCAGAAGGUGGUAAAGAUCUGCAAGAGCAUUGUUGGCACCUCGAAAAUUGGUUCCAUUAUCUGAGUGGAUCUCGUUUGGCAGCCCACGGCGAGCGAUGAAGCGGCGCAGGGCAGCGAUAAAUGCAUUUGUUGAUAAAUCGGAUACUAAUUCUAUAUGAACUGCUUUUGAACUGAAGCAAAUGAAUAUAGCGAUAAAUGCUUUUUUCGGAGCGGCACGACGAUGGACUGGCUUCAGGUAUACUGGACCGCAAUAAUCAACACCAGUAAUUGCGAAUGGACGGCUUGGAACUACGCGUGAAGUGGGCAACUGGCCGACGGGUUGUGUUACAGGAACAGGAUUCAAUCGGAAACAAUUUUGACAAUUUCGACAAACGUAAUGUACGAGUAAUUUUCCACGUAUGGGCCAGAAUUCUUGUCGCAUUGCAGACAAAGUCAUGCGAGAUAAUGGAUGCUUAUCUGGUAAUAUCAUAGGGUGUUUAGUUUUGUAGCUCUCUGUGGAUUGCGCCAAUCUUCCACCGACACGCAAGACUCCUCUAUCAUCGACGAAAGUGCUCUCUUUUCAUCAGCGAAGGCUUCAUACUGGGCUGACCUCACUAAGCAUUCCUUGGCUUGUACCAACUCCAUCGCUGAGAGAAAUUCUUCAUGUGACUUUCUUUGCUUGCUUCGGCAACAGUUUAAAAAGCGUAAUAUAUAUGCUGUUAUUCUGAGCAAACGCUGGAAAUUGGAAUACCGCUCAAACAGAAAAAAUGGUUUCAGGACAACUUGAGCAACCAUCACCGUUCGUUUUCGUUCCAGGAUUUCUUCAGAGGGCGGAAUCAAUUGCGUGUUCUUAGGCCACCUUUCCUCUUCUUCACGGAGCCAAUCCGGACCGUGGAGCCACAUUGUGCUUUUCAUAAAUUCUGACGGCAACAUUCCACGAGAAACGACAUCAGCAGGAUUAUCAGUUCCUUUAAUAUGUUUCCAGCUUUUACCGCUUGUAAGCCGCUGAAUUUCGGCAGUACGGUUCCCGAUAAAGGUCUGCCAAGUAUUUGAUGGUGCUCGAAUCCAGUAUAGAGUGACUAUAGAGUCCGACCAUAACCAACACGGAGUGUCCUUCAUUCGUAAUGCGCAUGCAGUUUUAUGGUAGAGCUUGGCACCCAAUAGUGCAGCACAAAGCUCCAAACGUGGUAAGCUGAUUCUUUUCAGAGGUGCAACUCGUGAUUUCGAGGUAAUCAAUUCGGUCUUAACUUUUCCAGUAACGUUCAUUGAGCGAGCGUAUAUACAAGUACCGUAGGCUGAUUCUGAAGCGUCGCAAAACACAUGAAAUUGAGUUUCCACGGAAUUUUGUAAAAAUACGAAACGGGGUACUCGUUCGUCCCAUUCAAGAGAGGCUAGCCACAGACGUUGCAUACGUAUUUUCGCCCAAGUAACAACGGGAGAUACCAAGCCAAGAGGAUCAUAUAAUUGAGCAAUUGAUGAGAAUAUUUUACGUUUAGUCCAGUAGCCAUCAUUCACAUUUGGCUGUAUAUCGAUACAAAACUGAUCCGUUUUUGUUUCCCAUGCAACUCCAAGGGUUUUUACUUUUGAUUCGUUUUCGAAAUAUAAGGUAGUCGUUGUUUGUAACUCUCCCGAAGACAUAUCAGCCAGAACUUCCUGACAGUUAGAGCUCCAUUUUCGUAGCUGGAAUCCGCCUUCUGCGAGUAACGUUUGAAUUUCGUAACGCAAAUGUUUAGCUUCGUCGAUUGUUUCGGCUCCGGAUAGUAAAUCAUCCAUAUAGAAAUCUUCGGUUACCACACCCGCAGCCCGUUUGUACCUCUUUCCUACAUCCGUCGCCAAUUGUUGAAGUACUCGAGUGGCAAUGAAUGAUGAUGGGGAUAAACCAUAUGUGACCGUUUGUAAUUCAUAGACUUGAACAGGGUCGGACGAACUAAAUCUCCAAAGUAUUCUUUGUAACGAAGCAUCGGUGGGAUGUAUUUUGAUUUGCCUGUACAUUUUCUCCACGUCCGCAACAAGGGCAACGGCAUGUUUACGAAAACGAAGCAUAAGUACUAAAAGAUCAUCUUGUAUUACAGGACCGGUGAGCAGUGCUUCAUUGAGAGAAAAAUUUUUAGAUGUUUUCGCUGAUCCAUCGAAUACAACACGUAGUUUAGUUGUAGAACUCGAUUCCUUUAGCACUGGAUGGUGGGGCAAAUAGCAAACAACUUGAUCUUGCCUUGAGGGUAACUCAUCCAGCUUACCGACAUGUGUCAUGUGUUUCAUGCAUAUAUAUUCCUGGAUGAACUCGUUAUAUUUUUUGCGCAAAUCACAAUUCCCGUCUAACCGUCUUUCCAAUUGAUACAAUCGUUUCAAGGCGAAGGAUUUAGAUUCGCCAAGCAUAUUUUGAAAAUCGAUCCGUUUAGGGUAUUGUGCCACGUAGCGACCGUUACUGUCUCGAUUAAUAGUAUUUCGAAAGUGAAUUUCGCAGUCCUCCUCUUCUUGUGUUCGUGGCGUCUUGUCUUGAAGCUCUUCGACGUUCCAAAACCUUUCAAUAACUUCGUGCAGAUUAUUAACAGUUCCAAUAUUGCACGUAACUUUAUUAUUUUUCGUUUUCCAUUCUGUUUCUCCAGCAGCAAUCCAGCCGAAAACUGUGUUCACGAAUACAGGUAAAUUAUCUCCAAUUCGAUGAAUCUGGCACCGGCCACCAUUAAGUAGAUGAUAAUCGUAAAAAUACUGGGAGCCCAACACAAUAUCAAUAGGACCGGAAACGCUGAAAUUUGGAUCGGCUAAUUCUAUGCCGGAUGGAACCUUCAUGUUUGACAAGUAAAUCGAUGCAGAAGGGUGAUCAUCCGUAACAUGUCCUAAAACCAAGAAAUUCAUUGGCAUUGUAAAUUCCGUUGUUCGGGAAGCUAUCGUCGUGGAAACUUGAUGCACCGCUUGUUGGCGUGAUCGUCCGAUUCCGCUAAUUUCGACUUUCUUGUCGUAUCGUGUACUGCCUUCCACCAUAUUUGAAGAUGUUGCAGUCAUCGACGUUGAAGAUGUCUCGUUUGGAUUUGUAAAAAAACCGGAAGUUGACUGCAUAACAACGGUACCAGAUGACUCCGAGGAAGCAUUGGACGAGAAAUUGGCUGACGGAAACCCAGGAUGUAGUAACGUAUGGUGCUUCUUGGAACACGUCCUACAUCGGUAUCUGGACGGGCAAUCCCGAGCGAUAUGAUUGCGCCCUAAACAAUUGCUGCAGAGUCGUUUUAAGUUCGUUAUCUUUAAGCGUUGUUCUAUAGAUAAAUUGUUAAAAUCAGGACAUCUUAGUACAGAAUGUUUUUCGUUACAUAUAAUACACGAUAGACCGACAUUUUCGACUGCAGAAUUGACUGACAUUCUCAUUGGACGAUUUCUCGUGUCGUUCCACGAAGAUGAAUUUUGCUGGAAUGAAUUCGCUGGAACAGCAACAGUUUGAUCGACUAUCACUGCAUCUAGUAUUCGCGUUUGUCUUUUCAAAAAUUCAACGAGGUGCGAGAACAGAGGAUCUUCAUGCAGUGUGGCUUGUUCUUCCCAUUGUUUUUGUGUCGUUUCAUCGAGUUUAGAAACCAUUAAAUGCGUCAGCAUCGCACCCCAUCCGAUUGUUUUCUCUCCCAACUGAUCUAGUAUUUUCGUGUUUCGGUCGAAGCAGUCGAUAAUAUCAUGAAUCGAUGUAGCAGACUGUCUUUUUACCUUUGGAUAUUCCAAUAUGGCAUUCAGGUGUCGUUUUUUCAAUAAAUAGACAUUUGAAAAUCUUGCUACUAAGCCAUUCCACGCCACACGAUAAUUGACUUCACUCAUCUGGUAGCAAUCGAUUAAUUUGAAUGCUUCACCUUUCAGGGAAGCACGUAAAUAAUGAAAUUUUUGUAUGUUGCUCAAUUCUGGUGAUGAGUCUAUCAGUGCCUUAAAUGUAUCGUGGAAAGGAAGCCAAUUUUCGAAAUUACCGUCGAACUCAGGCAAAUUUAUUUGCGGUAAUCGCACGUACGAUUGCACAUUAUCCGAACUCGUAGACGAUUGAGCAUUCGUACUUUCUUGUUGAGAUGCUAGUCGUGGAAUUUUGCUUGUCAAACCCGCCCUCACUUGAAAAUAUUUUUCUUCGAAUUCCGCCCGAACCUGGCGAUUUAUUUCUACGUUUUCAUCAUCUUCCUCCGAGCAUUCUAUCUCUCCUUGAAUGUUUUCGAACUCAUCCCACUUGGCUUCAAGUUUUUCCAGUCGGAAUUUGAUUUGAUUUUCAUCCUCAACAUCACCGGUACGAAGGAAUAUUUCUAUUCGUUUUAAAAAAUCCAUCGUGCUGUCCCUGAGACUGAUUUUCGCCUUCAUCUUCUUUCCCAUAGUUGAUGUUGAACGAAGCGACAUACACGUAAAAGUAACAGGAACUGGUUCUGCAAUGGACGACAAGCAAAGUACCCUUGCGCGAAACUAACCGUAUUGGACAGGUACUCACCUGGUGAGCCUGUCAAUGAGGCGUUGUAUUAUGAAUAAUAGAUGAUUCUCUCUAACACCAGCGCGUGAUUUGCGGAUGUAAUUAAUGCGUGAUCCAAACGAUGAAUACUCGGCCACCAAAUAUUGCUUAGAUCCUUGAAUCUCGAAAAAAAAAGACCAGGUAGGCGCGCAAGAUAUAGUGUUAUAUUUGGACAGAUACUCACCCAGUGAGCCUAUCAAUAAGACCUUGUAUUGUUCAAACUAUUUGCUAUGGCGGCGCCUAUUUCAAUAAUGGACCUGCUCGUAAUGGCGACGUGCGAUUUACCGGUGCUUUGAAGAAUGCACAAUCCUGGUCACGGCACCAAUGUUUCAACCCUUAUCGAAUUCUUCAAUUCACCGGAUUCAAUAGUGCUGACAAUUCCUGGACGUCCCCGUGAUUUGAAUCUGUUCUCAUUCCAACUGUCCCUUCCAAUACGUUACGUGAUACGGGAAACGAUACGAGACUUAGGAUAAACGAAUAACACCAAAUACGUAGCAGAUGAAGAACACUUUAUUCGCGGAGUACAACCAUUUAAUUUAUACCAAACUACAUUUAUUUCUACAAUUGAGCCUUUGAGAAUGGUGAUACCGAGUUAACUAUGGCGAACUAAGAGAGACAUUCUUUUUUCUACUACAUUUUCUACUACUAAGAUGGAAAGCGUUACUCUUUCUGGCUGCGUUCUUGUUUCUAAGCUCCGUAUCUACUAUCAACUGUAACAACAACCAAUACGAAAGAGCUCAACCAAUGAAGAGUUGCGUCCCAAUUUGGUGGCUCACCUGUCGAACCAAUCACCGCUAAUAUGUGUCACUGAUUUCUCCAAAUGGCAACGGCUGAUCAACGUCGUCGGAUUUGUGUUUCGUUUUCCGAACAACUGUCGUCUGAAGAGCAAACAUCAAUCAAUUUGCACCGGACCGUUAUAUUUAGAGGAGAAACGUGCGGCCGAGGAACAUGUGGUCCGUCAAGCUCAACAGGAUGUUUUCCUUGAUGAAAUAACUGCUCUAAGAAAACAACAACUCAUAUCGAGAAGCAGUUCUCUAGUUAAGUUCAGCCCCUGGUUAGAUGACCGAGGAGUUCUGAGGAUGCGAGGCCGAAUUUCCAACUGUGUGUUCAUUACAGAAGAAGCAAAAAAUCCUAUAAUUUUACCCCGUGACCACUACGUUACUACCUUGAUUAUCAUGCAUUACCACCACAAAUUUCACCAUUUAAACCAUGAGACUGUUAUAAAUGAGAUACGACAAAAAUACUCGAUUUCGCGAAUUCGCGUUUGCUACGCCAAGGCUAGAAGAGCCUGUCAACGCUGCAAGAACGCCAGAGCAGUACCAUCUCCUCCAAUCAUGGCGGACCUUCCAACUGCUAGAUUAGCAGCACAUUCUCGACCCUUUACCCACGUAGGGAUAGACUAUUUCGGACCGAUGGAGGUAGCCAUAGGAAGAAGAGUUGAAAAACGAUGGGGAAUGCUGGCUACAUGUAUGACGAUCAGAGCUGUUCACAUAGAAGUCGUCCAUUCACUAAGCACCGAUUCCUGCAUCAUGGCUAUCCGCAAUUUAAUUGCUCGUCGUGGAGUUCCUCGUCACGUUUACUGUGAUCGCGGAACCAACUUUGUUGGCGCUAGCAACGAGUUGACUAGAGUGGAUAAACUGCUGAACAAAGAAGCCAUCAUAAAAGAGUUUUUGGGUUACGAAAUAGCAUGGUCGUUUAAUCCACCAGCAUCGCCCCAUAUGGGUGGUAGUUGGGAGCGUAUGAUCCGCAGCGUGAAGAGCAAUCUGAUGUCUCUAGAAAUACCCCGUAAACCAUCAGACGAAGUACUACGUAAUGCGCUGACUGAAAUAGAAGGUUCAUUAAAUGCAAGGCCGCUUACACACGGUCCAAUCGAAGAUCACGCGGCUCCAGCACUAACCCCUAAUCACAUUCUUCUUGGAAGCUCUAACGGGACGAAGCCACUUACGUUUUUAGAUGAUAGCAGCGUUAUCGUGCGUCAAUGUUGGCGAACUUCUCAGAUCAUUGCCAACCAAUUUUGGAAACGUUGGCUAUCGGAAUACCUACCAGAGAUAACUAGGAGAACCAAGUGGCAUUCAUCCUGUGUGCUAUCGGUGAAGAUCGGUGAUGUGGUCAUCGUUGUAGAUCCAAAGUUACCUCGCAAUUGUUGGCCAAAGGGAAGGGUGAACUCGUCCUGGCAAAGAUGGAGAAGUAAGAUCCGCAACGGUUCGAACAUCCGGGGGAGUGUAUGAGCGCCCUGUGGUUAAGCUUGCUGUAUUGGACGUUCAGCGCGGAGGAAAGUAAGUCGACUAGGUGGUCGACAUACGCGGGGGAGUGUUACCAGCCCCUGGUUGCAAACGCGCACCCAUCAUACAACAACCUUGGACAACACAUACGAACACAAGUAGAGUAGAGAGCAAUAGAGAAGGUAAAUAAAACAACCAUUGUAGUGCUACCAUUUUGAUCCCAAGAAAGUCACCGGUGAAUCUAAAACACAUAAAUUUCAAUCACACACAAGAAUUACACAUAAGAACAUCAAAUAUCGAGGUAUGGUUGAAUUUAUUUAUAAGAAUUUAUUAGCCUAAACUGUUUCUCCACAAAACAGGAUUAAACAUAUACAAGGAAUUUAAAAAACACUUAGGGGACUAAACGUAAGUGAACAUAGAUUGGAAACAAACAAUAAGAACAAUACAAUCACAACAUUUUAUCAUAAUCACAAACAUUAUCGAAACACAACAUUAUGUAUGAAAACCACAAAUAUUUUAUUAUGUUAUAACUUAUAGAUUAAGUAAAAUUACAUUUCAUAGGUAUAUUAUAAUCUCCAUUGAACUACACCAAGUUCCUGUGUUUUAUUCUUUGGAGCAUUAUAAUCCCGGAAUCAACCCCUUCAGUCCCGUUGGUGGAAAACCAACAGUUACAAUCAUCUGUUUUAAGUCAAAUAUGCGCCGUUUUGUUCGAUGACUUGUUCCCAACGAGAUGCCAACUUCAUAAUAUCCCUGUUAUAGAAGCUCGCUUCCUUAUUGGCAAAAAACUCGGAUAGCCAAUUUUCACAGGCCUCUUUUGUGGCUAACUUCUGACUACCUAGCUCGUUCGCCAUGAACAAAAACAGAUGGUAGUCACUUGGUGCAAGGUCCGGACUAUACGGCGGAUGCAAGAAAACCUCCCAUCCGAGCUCCCGGAGCUUCUGGCGCGUCACCAAAGAAGUGUGUGGCCUGGCGUUGUCCUGAUGGAAGACAAUGCGGCCUCUGUUUAUCAAAGAUGGCCUCUUCUUCAUGAGUGCUACCUUCAAGCGGUCCAGUUGUUGGCAGUACAGGUCCGAAUUGAGCGUUUGGCCAUAGGAAAGCAACUCAUAAUAGAUUAUUCCUAGACAAUCCCACCAAACACACAGCAGAACCUUCCUGGCCGUUAAUGAGGGCUUGGCCACCGUCUGAGCCGCAUCGGCGGGCUUCGACCACGACCGUUUGCGCUUCACGUUGUCGUAAGUGACCCACUUUUCAUCGCCAGUCACCAUCCGCUUCAGAAACGGGUCGAUUUUGUUGUGAUUCAGCAGCGAUUCACAUGCGUCGAUACGGUCAAAGAUGUUUUUUUGCGUCAACGUGUGUGGCAUCCAUACAUCGAGCUUCUUUGUGAAUCCAAGCUUCUUCAAAUGGUUAAUAACGGUUUGAUGACUUAUCCCCAGCUCUUGACCGAUGCUACGGCUGCUACUAUGCUGCUCUUUCUCGGCUAAUUCAGCGAUUUUGUCGCAAUUUUCGACGACAGGCCUUCCGGAGCGUGGCGCAUCUUCGACGACCUCUACACCAGAACGAAAACGUUGAAACCAUCGUUGUGCGGUGGAAAUGGAAACUGUAUCGGGUCCAUAAACUGCACAAAUUUUCUUGGCAACUUGAGAUGCAUUUUUGCCUUUGUCAUAGUAGUACUGUGAAAUAUGUCGGAUUUUCUCUUUAUUUUGCUCCAUAUUUGCGACACUCUAACUCACGAACGACUCAACCAAACAAAACUCUGUCAAGGACUAUAUUAUAGCGCCUUUCCAACAAGCUAUAGUAUGACUCGAUACAAUGAAUACAACUAGAACUACGCGCUUACAACGACACCUCGCGGAAAUACCGCAGGACUUUUUUGACAGCCUAAUAGUAUAGUCGCAUUCAAAUACACCAAUCAAAGGCAAUUUUGACGUCGAUAAGAGAAGUCCAAGAGAGUAGUUGACGGAACGGCGACGGUGACGUUGUAUCAUGGAUGCCAGGUGAUCUCUUCAGAUAUCUUCGCAUGGUACGAAAAAUGUCUUCAAAUGUCUCCACAACUAUAUUGAAGGAAACUAAAAUUCAUUACAAAAAUUUUAACAAUGUUUGACAGAUCAUUCUGUUCGAUAUUAUUAUAUAACUGUUAUAUUCGACAAAGUUAAAUGUCACUUCGAUUUUAAUGUGUCUGUAUGUGUCUUCAAACGUAGCAUUAAGAAUAUAAGGUAGUUUUUUAAAUUUGUCUCACAGGUUUUUUAAUCUAAAAUGAAGUAAAGUAAAUAAAUAAUGCAUUCCAUUACGCUUAGCUUGAGGUUUUGUAGUUCAUUUCAAUAAAUGUGAAUAAAGAAUAUAUAAAUUUAUAUUAUAUAAAUUAUAAUAUAUAAAUUUUAUGAGUUUAAAAAUGAUGUGAUAAAUGUUCUGUGAAGGUGGGCUAGAUAGUUUUUAAUGCCAAAAAAUAGAAUUGACAACUCUCACUUGUCAAAAUAAUAUAAUGAAAUAUAAAUAACUCAAUUUGUUUAUUUCAGCUUUGAAGUUUUGGCUAAUUAUUGUGAAACGAUAUGUAACCAGAAAACCAUCGAUUGUGGAGUGGUCGUGAAAAACAAGCGAGUGAAUGACACCGAGAUAAAAGUCUCCAUUGAUUACUAAGGACAAAAGUAAACAAGUGACACUGAUAAAAACUCUGGCGGCAGCACAAAACGUCAUUUGCGGUGAGAGUGUCUCAUUCUUUCGUGUGCGGA